UUAUGGGAUAGUGGCGGAGGGAACAGGCGUCAGGGGCCCUGAGGCGUCCUGAGGCGUCCUGCGGCACUCAGAGACCUCGCUGGUUUGGGGAAGAGAGCGGUUCAAGAAGUAGGCUUCGGCUUCCGUCGUUCGUCGCUCAGCCCUGCGGCCCGUUUGGACUGCAGAGGAGGACAUUUUACCCUCCCGCGGGGCGCUGGAUUGGGCUGGGGAAACCUGGUUAACUUCCCCCGUCCCUUCCCGCUGAAGCGCCUGCGCGGGCCUAGCGACCCAGCUAACUUCCACACCCGCCUCGCUUGCUGACCCCGUAGGCGCCCGUGUAGGUCUCGAGAACCGGCCCCCACAACCCCACCCGGCGCUGACAGCGGAACUCUGCGGGACUCGGCGCGCGAGGCCCCCAGCUGACCCGAGGGCGCGUGCGCGGUCGCCGCGAGCCCCGGCCCAGAAGCCUGCGAGAGAUCCCGACGCCGACCCCCGCCCCCACAUACCGGGCCCCGCAGCAGGGGCCGGAGCCGCUGGCGGCGGGGCGGGGGGUCGCCCCGAUGAGCCCCGAGUGCGAGGAGCCGCCGCCCCCCUGCGCAGGGCGCCAUGUUUUGGAAGUUUGACCUACACACAAGCUCGCACCUAGACACGCUGCUGGAGCGGGAGGACCUGAGCCUGCCCGAGCUGCUGGACGAGGAGGACGUGUUGCAGGAGUGCAAGGUGGUCAAUCGCAAGCUGCUGGACUUCUUGCUGCAGCCGCCCCACCUGCAGGCCAUGGUGGCCUGGGUCACCCAGGAGCCACCAGCCAGCGGUGAGGAGCGGUUGCGCUACAGGUACCCCAGUGUGGCCUGCGAGAUCCUGACCUCGGACGUGCCCCAGAUCAAUGAUGCCCUGGGCGCAGAUGAGUCCCUCUUGAACCGGCUCUAUGGCUUCCUGCAGAGCGGCAGCAGCCUCAACCCAUUGCUUGCCAGCUUCUUCAGUAAGGUCAUGGGCAUCCUCAUCAACCGCAAGACAGACCAGCUCGUGUCCUUCCUGCGGAAGAAGGAUGACUUUGUGGACCUGCUGCUGCAGCACAUCGGCACCUCAGCUAUCAUGGACCUCCUGCUGCGCCUGCUCACCUGUGUGGAGCGGCCCCAGCUGCGGCAGGACGUCGUCAACUGGCUCAAUGAGGAGAAGAUAAUCCAGCGGCUGAUUGAACAGAUCCACCCGUCAAAGGACGACAAUCAACAUUCCAAUGCAUCCCAGUCCCUGUGCGACAUCAUCCGCCUGGGCCGGGACCAGAUGGUCCAAGUUCAGGACAGCCCAGAGCCCUACCAGCUGUUAGCCACUCUGGAGAGGCAGGAGACGAUCGAGCAGCUCCUGAGCAACAUGUUUGAGGGGGAGCAGAGCCAGUCUGUCAUUGUCAGUGGGAUUCAGGUGCUUCUGACCCUGCUGGAGCCCAGGAGGCCAAGGUCUGAGUCUGUGACCGUGAACAACUUCUUCAGCAGUGUAGAUGGGCAGCAGGAACUCUUGGCCCAGGGGAACCUGGAGAGCACUAUGUCGUGUGAGGGCACCCUGCAUGCCCUGCGCCCACGGCUUGGCAACUUUCAUCAGCUCCUUCUUGAACCACCCAAGCUGGAGCCACUGCAGAUGACGUGGGGCAGCCUGGCUUCACCACUGGGCAACAUGCGGCUUCACGUGGUCAAGCUCCUGGCCAGCGCCCUGAAUGCCAAUGAUGUGGCCCUGACACAGGAGCUCCUGGCACUGGACGUGCCCAACACUAUGCUGGACCUCUUCUUCCACUAUGUCUUCAACAACUUCCUGCAUGCCCAAGUGGAGGUGUGUAUUAGCACCAUGCUGAGCUCAGGGCCCCCUCCCGACAGCAUACCUGAGACACCCAUCCAGAACCCCGUCGUGAAACAUCUACUGCAGCACUGCCGCCUGGUGGAGCGUAUUCUGACAUCCUGGGAGGAGAAUGAUCACGUGCAGUCCAGGGGUGGCCCGCGGAAAGGUUACAUGGGCCACCUGACGAGAGUAGCCAACGCCCUAGUGCAGAAUGCGGAGAAGGGGCCUAAUGCCGAGCAGCUGGGGCAGCUGCUGAAGGAGCUGCCAGGUGAGCAGCAGGAGCACUGGGAGGCAUUUGUGUCUGGACCUCUUGCAGAGACCAACAAGAAGAACAUGGUAGAUCUGGUGAAUACCCACCACCUGCAUUCCUCCAGCGAUGAUGAGGAUGACCGGCUCAAGGAGUUCAACUUCCCUGAGGAGGCUGUGCUGCAGCAGGCCUUCAUGGACUUCCAGAUGCAGCGCAUGACCUCUGCUUUCAUCGACCACUUUGGCUUCAAUGACGAGGAAUUUGGGGAGCAGGAAGAGAGUGUGAAUGCGCCUUUUGACAAGACAGCCAACAUCACCUUCUCCCUCAAUGCUGAUGACGAGAAUCCUAACGCCAACCUGCUCGAGAUAUGCUACAAGGACCGCAUCCAGCAGUUUGAUGAUGAUGAGGAAGAGGAUGAAGAGGAGGGACCGGGCUCGGGGGAGUCAGAUGGUGAGGAUGGUGCCUGGCAGGGCAGCCAGCUGGCCAGGGGUGCCCACCUGGGCCAGCCCCCUGGUGUCCGGAGUGGAGGCAGCACCGACAGUGAGGAUGAAGAGGAGGAGGAUGAGGAUGAGGAGGAUGACAAUGAGGAGGGCAAUAGCCGGGCAGCCUGCAGAGCGGCUGGGCCCCCCUCCUAUUCCAGCCCCAGCCCUCAACCUCUAGGCCCCAGCUGGAUGGCCACCUUUGACCCAGUGCCUAUGGACACCACAACUAGCCCCCGAAUCUUUGGGGAGGAAGAGCUGUACUCUGGGCCCCUAGCCCCACAGGGGCUCCUUGACAUGCCCCAGGACCUCCCUGCCCAGAGCCUGACCAGCUCUCUGGCUAGUGAUGCUCUGCAGCUCAGGUCUCAGGACCCCACGCCCCCCUCAGCACCUCAGGAAUCCACAGAUGGCAGCAAAGUAGUGGAGCCCUCAGCCCCCUGCCAGGCCUUGGUCAGUGUUGGGGACCUCCAGGCCACCAUCCACGGGACGCACUCCACCCCCAGCUCCUUGGACAGUGCAACCAGAGACCCCUCUACCUCUGUCCUUGCCUCUGGGGCCCACCAGCCCCCCCAGACCACAGAGUGGGAGAAGAGCCCAGAGUCCUUGGGUCUUCCCCAAAGCCAGAGUGCCCAGGCCCUUGAGCUUCCUCUGAUGCCCAAUGGCUCUGCCCCAGGAGGGCCCACAUCCCCGGGCUCCCAGUAGCUGCCUAGUCUCAGCAGCUGUGGCCAAAUCCUCCGUCCUCCCCACGAAUCCCCAGGGUGGGGACAGGGCGGGUCCGACAAGGGCCCCCAUUACCCUUAUCACCACAUUGUCCCUACAUUUUCUCCUCUGGACUCCCAGGAGGCUGGUGCCAAGGAGAUAGGCCCCCCAUUCACCCCCAUUUGCACUGAGAAGUGGAAUUAUGGAGUUUUGCCUCCUAGAAUAAAGAUAUAAAAAGUCAAAUAAAGGGAGAGAGAGAGAUACAUAUAUUAUAUAUUCUAUAUAUAGAGAGAGAAGGAAGAGAGUGAGAGAGGAAGCAAGGAUGCUGUGGGCCAGUGGAUCCAAAGCACAGCCUUCCCUCUUCCCAGUGGGGGCUGGCAUUGGGGGUCCCAAGGCCGCCGCCCACACACCCGUCCCAUGCUCUGGUGCAGACACCCACACCCACACCCGGCCUUUUAGCUCAGGUCCACCUUGGGGGAUGGCCUGGCAAGGGCGGGAGCGUCAGAGGGGCCCUGGUGGGAGCCGUGCCUUUGCCCAGACCCUGCACUUUCACCCAGGCCAGCCCAGCCACGGGGAGAAGGGGCCUCCCCGGCAACAUCCCCAGGGGCUCUGAAUUGGAGUUCAGCUGAGCCCUGAGGGUCUGGGGUCCUAGCCUUGCUGCCAAGUGGCCUUGUCCCAGCUCCUUCCUCCCCAGCUGGCGUGAGUGUGUGUGUGUGUGUGUUUGUGCUGAGCUUCUAUUUCAUAUUGCAAAUAUAAAUAAAGGAAGACAGUUUACGAUU